CCUAGUUCGUAUCCAAUCCAAGCCGCGCCAGUUUCGCUCAUGGCGGUUUUGUUGGAUUGUGAUUGCGGCAGCUUCAUAUCGCACAACAAGCUUGUAGAAAGCUGGUACAGGAACUGCCGGCGCUCUGAAAUCGGCGAUGUUGUUUCUAUGAAGCUCAAAGACGCUUUAUUCGAUGUCAGAACUCCAAUGAGAAUGGACUCGGCUGCCGAGAAGCUGGUAGCGGGUACAAAGCACAGGAAACGAAAGUGGCGAAGUUCAGAUGACACUCCACUGACCGAUUUUGUUAAGUCGUGCAGCUGGAUAGCAGAGGCGAGUGACCGCAUCGUGCGAGCUGCCCUGGAUGCUGGCCACCUGGAGCCAGGGCCGGCCAGCGACCGAGAGGUGCUCGAAAACAACCGCGGAGCGCGGGCCGCGGCUGCCGACGCCCUGGCGGCUACCUCUGGGGUCGGUGCCUGUCUGUCUUCACCCGUGGGAGUCCACUGCUCGGCGCCUCACGCCAGACUGAUCGAGUUUCGUGGCCUACCAGUGUGGCUCCCCGCCAACGCACGAGCGCAGAUCGGCGACGUACGAGACUUGGGACCGUUCCUCACAGGUUCGUUCGACUUCGUCUUACUCGACCCACCCUGGGAGAAUAAAUCGGCUCGACGGAAGCGCGCGUACUCCACGCUGCCGCGCGACGAACUGUUGUCGUCACUGCCGCUGCCGCGGCUUGCAUCCCCGCGAGGCUGCCUGGUGGCCGUGUGGUGCACCACCAACGGGGCGCACCUGCGGUUCGUGGCGCGCGAGCUGCUGCCGUCCUGGGGCCUCACGUACUUGGCCACGUGGUACUGGGUGAAGGUAACCAAGCACGGCGAGCCGGUUCGCCCGUUCGACUGCCCGCAUAAGAAGCCCUACGAAUUCGUGAUAUUCGGCGGCCCGUCGUCAGUGUCCAUCCCUCGAGACAAGGUGUUCGUUUCGGUACCUUCCUGCGUCCACUCGCACAAGCCACCACUUACAGAGCUCGUUCGACCCUUUGUGAAAAACGGCGGAGUCUGCAUGGAGGUGUUCGCCAGGUACCUCGUGCCUGGAUGGACGAGCGUCGGCAACGAGGCGCUCAAGUUGCAGCACGAAAGCCUCUACGAGCCUGCAAGUUUAGAAUCCCCGCUUUCCUGACGUAUGUAUCAGGAGGGAGAGGGAGAGAGUCUGUGCAUAUUCUUACUAUUCUUUUAUCAUGAAGAAGUUUAUUGUUAAAAGUAAUCUGCCUCUCUUAUGGCUCCAGCUGCUCUUCGCAAUGUAUGCAGCUGGUACAUUUUCUGUUUGUCUUACAUUUGCCCACAGGAGCUCUCGAUAUGUGCAUUAGCUAGCCAAAUUAUAGCCGGUGCCAACAAAGUUCUCGAUUGUUGGUCGUGCUGCGGCAA